UCGCGUCGCGUAUCCCGGGGUUGGAGAAGGGUGGCGAACUCGUGGGGACUACCCCACACUUUGCAACAACCACCUCGGUCUAGCUCUCGUUGACGUCGUCACUUCCACCACCGGACGUUCGUCUCCAUGAUGAUAUCCAUACGCACCGAUCUCGCUUCCAAAAGGCCCCGUCAUGCCCUCGCAGUCGCCCUUCCAGAUAGACAUCCCGGCCACCGACCUCCUUAGCUACCUCUUCCCGCCGGCCCAGCUCGUAUCCGACAAGCCGAUAUGGAUCGAUGCCGACGAUACUUCGCAUUCGCUGUCCCCGCGCCAACUCCUCCGAUGGGUGAAAAGACUGGGUGCUGGAUUGCAAGCCUUGGGUUGGAAGCGGCAGGAUGUGGUCAUGAUGUAUUCGCAUAACCAUAUAUUUGUGCCUGUUGCGUAUCUGGGCAUCUCGGGCUGCGGAUGCAUCUAUAGCGGCUGCAAUCCAGCGUACGGGGUCGACGAAACGGCGUAUCAGAUUCAGAACACCGAGUGCAAGGUCAUACUAGUAGAGCCGCCGCUGCUUUCUACCCUUCUCAAAGCCGCAGCGAAGACCAAUUUCCCAAGCGAUCGCAUCUUCGUCUUCUCCGACAAAGAGACUGGAACGGUGGACGGCAUUCGUGACUGGCGAACAUUCCUCGCUUCUGCAUCAGAAGCCGAGUCCUGGACUUGGAGUCCAAUGAACGCAGAGCAGUCUCGCAGCACGGUCGCCGCUCUCAACUACUCGUCUGGAACCACGGGUCUACCAAAGGGCGUGAUGAUCAGCCACCAGAACGUCAUCGCCAACGUCGAGCAAAGCGUCUUCAUGCGCGAUCUCGAGCAGCCUUACCACCCUUCGUCCCGACCUGAGGAGCGCUGGCUAGGCUUCCUCCCUCUGUACCAUGCAUACGGCCAGCUAUGGUCGAUAGUCGCCGCGGCCCGGACUCUCAGUCCCUGCUACUUCAUGCGCGCGUUCAACUACGUCAAGUUCCUCGAGAACAUCCAGAAGCAUCGCAUCACGCACAUUCAGACCGCGCCACCCGUCCUAGUCAUGCUAGCAAAACGCCCCGAAACGAAGGCCUACGACCUCUCUUCCCUGCAGAACAUCCUGUGCGGAGCGGCGCCUCUGUCAAAAGAGCUCCAGAACGAGGUGUCCGCGAAAUGCGCCCUCAAAGUCGUGCAGACGUGGGGCAUGACUGAGGUCACAUGCUCCUGUCUGCACGUGCCGGGCGGGCGCGACGACCGCUCCGGCUCCGUGGGAUACAUCGACCCCAACGCAGCGAUGAAGCUCAUUGACGACGAGGGGAAGGAGGUCGGACCCGGAGAAAGAGGCGAGAUCCAUGUCAAGGGGCCAAAUGUGUGCAUGGGUUACUGGCGUAAUGAGCGAGCUACGCAGGAGGCUUUCGACGAAGAGGGGUUUCUGAAGACGGGAGAUAUCGCGGUAAAAGACGAGAACGGCUGGUAUUGGAUCGUCGAUCGGAAGAAGGAACUCAUCAAGGUGAAGGGCUUCCAGGUCGCGCCUGCGGAACUCGAGGCUCUGCUUCUGGAGCAUGAGCAUGUGGCUGAUGUAGCAGUGUGCGCGUUGCAGCUGUGGGUUUCUCCCCCCAAGGGCUGCCUCGUACUUACUCGAGCUAACUGAAUCACGCGCGAAGCGAACAUGAAGAGCUGCCGCGCGCGUACAUCGCCCUGAAGCCCGAGCACAAAUCCGCUUCUACCGAGUGGGAUAUCGAGAAGUGGAUGGCUGAUCGC